AAACAUAAUUUAUCGCUUUCCAAGAAUAAAAGAGAUACGGUAUAAAAUAUGUUAUCACGUGUGUGAGGCAGAUAAUACCGUCAAUUCACAGAAGUAAUUGUCAAUGCUGCAAUUUGUGAUAUCACAGGAAAUCGUGGGAUAAGAUUUUGGAUUAGGUAGGAAGGUAAACGGGAUAAUUCACGAUAUAAUUUACAAGAAAAAAUUAUUGACAACUGGAAAGAGCAGAUAGGGAUCAAGCAAUUAACGAAGAUUCAUUGCUCUUGAAUAAUAAAUUUAUUUAGCGAAUCACUGGAUUUCCUCAAAUAAAUCCUGACUCCCCGAUAAUGACGAUCGUUGUUAAAUCGAUGGCACUGAUUAUCUCUCGGCAAUUAUCCGUUGAGUGAUAAGAUUACAUCUGAAUUAAAUGCCAUAUCAACUAAAACCAACCGAAAGAUCACAUCACUCCCUCUUACGGAUGAAAAAAAAUAAGGAUUUUAUGGUGCCUUAAACGCGGCCGAUUGCUAUCCAGUUUAAGAUCCACGAAGCCAUUUUGAAAAACUUUUGCGAUCAAUUCGCCAAUUGAUAACAUUCUAAAAUCGUAUGAGAGCCAAUAAGAAAGUGACAGAAAUGUGAGUUACCGGUGGUCGUGUCUCAUUGAAAAGAAAACGACGUAAAAAAAAGGGUGUCGAGAACCACGUCCUUGAGAAAACCAACGUCGCGAUCAAAAAUUCAUAGCGUCGUCGAUUGACCUUGACGAUCGCCUUUGUGUACUCACUAAUAUUAUUUCACGCUGAAUAUUCCAUUCUGAGAUUCAUUUUUUUUUUCAUAUUCACACCGUGACUCACUCUGGAUAAAAGCACAAUAGCGAAGACCGAUAAAAAUAUCUACCAUGGCGACCGAGAAGAUCAAAUUCGAUACCUCCUCGAUGUACGCCGUGAACGCGAACAUAAUCAAGUGCCUGGAUGGUAUCAAAGCCGCAAAUCUCCUGUCAAAAUCCCUGACACCUGAGGAAAGAAGACACUUAGCCCGAGCAACGGAGGAAUAUACAAACGGUCACCUCAAUGCAGCUAUGGUCCGAUACAAAUCGUACAUGACAUUGAAACGCAAACUCCCGGUGAACAACAACGAGCACUCACGUCUUGACGUAAUUGUCCAGUACCUGGUGUGCAAGUGCCUGCUGCAAUCGAAUCGAUUUCAAGACUUGAACGAGGCCAGAUCCAUGCUGACGGAUCUAGAGGCAUCAUUUGGCAGAAUCUACCCAAUGAUCUACCUGGGUCUCUCCCAAUUCUACGUAAAAGUCUUCUGCUUCGGCGAGGCGGAUAAAAUGGCAACGAAAGGGCUGAGCGUCGUUGAGGGCUCGGACUUUCCAGUGUGUUACCUCCCAGAGUCAAAGAUCGCUAUUCUCGAGUCUACGACGGACGAAUUGACGAGAGAACUGACAAGUCUGAAGGAGCAGUGCUCUGGAUGGCACCCACCAGACGCCAAAUGUUUCAUGACAAUCUGCAAACAGAUAUCCCCGAAUCAUCUCUGUGGAAGAGAUAUUUUCGUUAAAUCCCCCGCUUACAAUGGAAUGGUCACAAUCACUUGCAGUAAUGCAACCAAUCCCUGUGAGAUUCACUUCCACUGUGUCUGUUGGAAGGUGCGGAAGGCGUUGUCGGUUGUCAAGAUAUCGGACAAAGAAGUACUUCUCAACUGGGAGUGCUUCACACCCAAUUGUGGAAGUGAGGAUGAGCCGAGUCUCAUCAGGAAGAUAACGAUUCACAAAGAGGAUGGGAGUAUGAAGGAUAUCGAACCCACUCUCGAUAAAUCCCAGUGGCAUGCGCAGCAGGCAGCACCCAAGAUAACAACUCGAAAGCAAAAGCAACUGAUCAAGUCCACCAUGAAAAUCCCCAGGAUGCGGCCACCUAUGACCAAUGACAAAAUCAGUUAUGAUGCUCUACAUGCGUCCAACAGUGUCCAGAGGAUGGAGGAGAUCAUUGAGGGAGCUGAAAACACUCGUGAAUUAUUCGAGUCGAGACUCCUGGAGAUAAUGACCCUCAGGGAGAUGAAUUUCACUAUCGAUCCUGAUAACGACUGGAGACCGAACAAAGCUUUUUAUGGAAAUGAGCACAUACAGAUUACAAUCGACAGUUGCUAUGAGCCGGAUUUCUCAAAGGACAGUGAGAAUGUCAGCAGAAUCAAGUCUUUCCUCUUCUCGUAUUUUCUGUCCUAUAUCGAGAGCAAGGGACCCAUUAAGAAUGAUCAUUUAAUGGAGCAGUGGAGGAGUUUGACUGAGAGCAGUGAACUCCAGCCGAUUUUAAAGGAGUUCAAUGGAAUCGUUGAUGUCAGGAAUUUUUUACUGCAGUCUCUCAAGUUCGUGGCUGUUGGAAAUUAUAUUUCUAUACCAGCAUUGCUGCCGGGGACUUAUGAACUUGUUGAGGGGGAAGCAGAACUCAAGGUCAAGGAGAUGAUGGAGAAGAAGACGUUUGACUUCAGCAAUGGCCACCUCAAGAGGAGGAAGAAGGCCGAGGUCGAAGUGAAACCUGAAGAUAAUCCAGUUGCUGGUAGUAGUGCUCAGGUGGCGGAAUCUGAUCCGUUUCUUCUCAUUGCUGAUAAUUUAUGUGAUGACGUGGAGGAUGGGAAGUCUGGAAACGAUGACUGCAGUACUACUGUUCUGACGGAAGACUGUGUUGAGUCACAGUUGAGUUUUCAGACGCCUGUGAAGAAGUUGAGAGUGCAAGAGAAGAAAAAUUUGGAGGAGGUAAGAGGGGAGGAAAAGUCAGACGUUGAAGAAAAAAAUGAGGUGAAAAAGGAUUACGAGGAGAUCGAAGGAAUUAAACGCCUCGAGGAAGAUGAGGAAGAUGAGAAAGUCACGGUUGAGCAAGCUCCAGUGGUUAAUCCAGUCAAGGACAUGAUUCCACCUCCCCCUGCGGUCACUACCAAAAAACUGGCUAAACAGGAAAAAAAGAAAAGGCAGAAGGAGUUCAAACUACAAGUUAACACUCAGAAAAUCAAGAAAACUCCUCAGAUGACUGGUAAAAAAAAGGGUCCACAGGUGCCGAAAAAAAUGACUGAACGUUACGUCCUGGAGACUGAGUCAGAAGGGACUCUGGAUGACCAGGACGAGCUUCCAUGGGACAGCAGACCUGUAGUGCAAGCUAAUGCUCAGUCCUGCAUAACAUGUGAGACUUGCCCGUGCGAUAAAAUCCCCAAAUAUGAGGCCACGAUUCUGGAAUUGGAGAAAGAGCUACAAAGCACUCGCGAGGAACUCCGGAGAAGUGCAGAAAGAGUGAUGAUGAGUGAAGCUGAAAAUCAGAAGAAUCUAGCUGAAUUGAAGUCUACAAAAACGAGACUCCUUCAGCUUGACGAGGAAUUGAUGAAAACUAGAGACAAUUUGAAGACAUCUAUGAACGACUUGAAGACAGAGCAGCAGAAAUUCAAGGAAAUUAAGCGAAAAAUGUCCAAGGAUAUUCUGAAUUCUGAAUUCAAUUACAACAAUUCAGUGAUCACUUCCAAAAUCGAUAUGACGCAGAGUCAAUAUGCUAUUGUGGCUAAACUGCAGAAUCUCGUGCAUCAGACGACGAAUACUUACUUGGCUGCCAACGGGACCGAGUGGACGGUGCCUCUGGAGAAGCUCGAGAAGUUACGUAGAGACCUGGAGACGGAGCUGAAGAAUUUGAUAAAAAAUGAUAACCUCAGUGAAGAGACAGCCUUCAAAAGCCACAUGAAUGCCCUUCACCUCCUGAAUCUUCCCCAGAGAAACAUUCCAGAUUUGAUUGAAAUAGCCUUCAACAUGCUGAAGGUUCACUUCCAGCAGGUAAUGGUAAGUUAUCGUGGAAUGGCUCCAUCUGGAUUCACUCAGGGCCCACCAAUAAUUCCUUUGUGGUAUCAACAGCCUCGUUUCACUCCACCAUCCCUUCCAUGCGGUCCCUAUCAUCCCUUGCCCACACCCAUGAUGCCCUCGGGCCAGUUUCAUCAGCCAGGCUUCGCCAGACAUUCGUACCCCAGACAAAACUUUCAGAGGGAAUCUUAUUCACAAUACGUGAACAGUCCUAUGACUAUUAUUGAGGUGGAGACGGCCGCAGCACUGCCGGCGUCCGAAAGGAAUAAGAAAGAGCUGCCGGAACUCAGGGAAUCAUCUGAUUCAGAAUCCAGUGAGGAUCGCUCUGAGAGGAGUCAGGCGAGUAAAAAAUUACAGGAUAAUCCAUGCAGUUGGAAAGACGUAGAUCCUGGAAUUCUUGCUGCCGUGACGUCGGGUGAUAAAUUGUUGGAUGUGAAUAUAUCAGAUGAUUCUCAGAUUCAGGCUCCAGCUGUUGGACUACCAGACGGCAAAGUCCCUAAGACGUAUGUGCAAAUUCCCUCACCUGUUCCAAUGAUUCCCACUAAUUUCACGUCUGCGGAGACCAUUUCGAAAACUCCUGUACCAGCAACAGCGCAGAAUCCAUCUCCAGUGGUAGGUCCAGUCGUCAGUGUUGUUCAGUUUGUAAAACCGAUUGAAGAAAAAUCCCAAAUUCCUGUCUCAUCGCUACAGCUACUUGCCUCUUCGGUGUCCGCACCCUUAACUGCCAAUGUAGCUCCAAAAAUUGUGAGUGAGACAGCUAGAGAUCCUAAUCUAGUACUGCCCCCACCAAUUGUGCCAUCUACAGCUCUAGUUGCGUCAUCACCACUUUCGGUAGACAAGAGAGUUAAAUCUGAAGAGAAUAUUACUAGCUUCAUUCUCGGGAUUCCUUCGGUUUCACCUGUUCAUCAGGCUCCACAGAAUGUGCCAAAAACACCUCCUGCUAAGAAAUCGUUGGCAGCAAUGGGUAUAAGUGCCAAUCAAGCAGAAGAAUCUUUGAAUAUUCCUGUCAAAGCUGAGUUGAUAAAGCCUUCAGUGCCUUCAGGGCUUUCUAAGUAUUCGAAUACUUCACGGCCUAUGGGGAAUAAUCAGGAACCUGUCACUGAACUUGGGGAAGUCAAGAAACCAAAAAUGCAGAGCAUGGAUAAGCUGAUGCAUAUUCUUCGUAACAAACAUCCUGGAGUUCUCGAAUUUGAUUUAAUGUGGAGCGUUUCGAGUGUGAGGAACACUCAUAAUAAUUCCUUAACUGGACUCCCUCUUGUGCAAAUCAUCGCCGAAGCCGAUAAGCUAAUUUGCGCGAGACAGAAGAUGCAGUUAAUUAAUUAUUCCUCGAGCAACAAAGUGGUCAAUCAGAUGAAUCCGGGAAAUAAUUUGAUCAACCCUGCAGGGAGGAUUGCCAGUGAUGGGAGCUCUUCGUCACUUUCUGUAUCAUCCUUCAACCGAGGGGCUUUCGCCAGGAAAAAUCCCUGGUGUAAACCCCAGGACGUUACUUGGACCAAGGAAUCCCCGGAGUCUGAGUGUGUCAUCUGCUGCGAAACCCUGAUGACCGGGAUGAAUCAGCCAACGUACACCCUGAAGUGUCAACACACAUUCCAUAAACAGUGUCUCCUGGAGUGGUUCAAUCAGAGUCGAUCGUGCCCCACCUGCAGGAUUCACUCAACAAUCGACGACGAUUUUCCCCCACUACCCUAAUUAAGUAUAACAAUUACU